GAAAAUAACUAUACAAAUGUUUAAAAUUUAAAACUGAAAAUAAAAAAUAAUAAAUUAGAAAACGUAACUCAAUAAUGAAUGUUGAAGAUUAUAAUAACAUUGUAUCUUUCAUUAGGAACUAUAAAGGUCUCACGAUUUAUUGCAUGAAAGAACUCGUUGAAAAAUUUUCAAGUUGCAGUUAUGACACACUAUAUAGUAUUCUUCAAUUUGAGUAUCAGAAGAGAAUGAAAAUAAAUCAUUCAAGAACUCAACAUAACAAACAAAGAUUUUGGGAAUUAUAUCAACAAUCUGUUAAAAACAAAGAAGAUCCAGGAAUAAUAGUGAGGAUUGCAGAAAAUUUUGAUAUUGGACCUUGUUUGGUGGCAAAAAUUAUUUUAAACAAAUAUUUUGAAAACAACAAUGAUGAAAAUGCUGAACCUGUUUCAAAUGUCAAUGUUUAUUUAAGGGAUACCUCAUUAAUAUCUGAUCCAAUAUUGGCUUAUGAAAUGUUUUUAUGUACCUUGUAUGAUAACGUUUAUAGUCCUUUAACAGACGCUAUGAAAAGCUCUUUAGGUCAACAAUAUGAAAUUAAAUUGUAUAGAGAAGCCACUCAACUUGGUUUAGGUUUUCGUGACGAAGAACAACUGAGGAGGUAUGGGUAUGACAAAACUCCUGAUUUGAUGUCGUCUAGUAGCGAGAGUGAGGAUGAAAUAAUACGAAAACAGAGGAAAGGUGUUGUGAAUGCAGGCAACUAUAAACAAAAUUUUAUACGAAAUGCUAAGGUGAAAGGAAAAGCUCAUAUAAAUCAUGUUGGAAAAGAAGUUCUUCAGAGAAAAACAGGAGUAAACUGUGGCUGUCUAAAGAAGUGUUGUCAUAUGUUCUCUUGUGAAAACAAGGAGGAAAUUAUAGCCAACAUUAACCAACUUUCAAACAAAAAUGAGCAGGAUCUAUAUCUGCAUAGACUCAUAGACUCGAAUCCGGUGCAAAACAUUAGAAACCAUUUGGACCUGGUCUAGUAAUAUAUUGGUUUGGUUUUCUGGAAAGCAUAGUAGAAUCGAACGAUAAGAAAAUAAUUAUUAGAGACCAUUUGCCGAAGAACGUAUGUCAGCUUCCAAUGCCUAACUUUGAAUUUGCUCUAUAAAUUUGUUUUUACAAAGACUG